AUGCAGACUCAUACAGUAGACACAGUUGAACCUGCGCAGACACUCACCACAGAUGCAGUUGUACCUGCGCAGACAGUAACUGAGCCUGUGCAGACAGAAGCUGAGCCUGUGCAGACAGAAGCUGAGCCUGUGCAGACAGUAACUGAGCCUGUGCAGACAGAAGCUGAGCCUGUGCAGACAGAAGCUGAGCCUGUGCAGACAGAAGCUGAGCCUGUGCAGACAGAAGCUGAGCCUGUGCAGACAGAAGCUGAGCCUGUGCAGACAGAAGCUGAGCCUGUGCAGACAGAAGCUGAGCCUGUGCAGACAGUAACUGAGCCUGUGCAGACAGAAGCUGAGCCUGUGCAGACAGAAGCUGAGCCUGUGCAGACAGUAGAUGAGCCUGUGCAGACAGAAGCUGAGCCUGUGCAGACAGUAGCUGAGCCUGUGCAGACAGAAGCUGAGCCUGUGCAGACAGUAGAUGAGCCUGCGCAGACCGACUCUACAGAUGCAGCUGUGCCUGCGCAGACCGACUCUACGGACACAGGCAGCGCAUCUGUCUCAGACGAGCAGGAACAGAAGUCAUCAGACGCCUCUGAGACGGUGGAGCAGACCGAGAGCGGCACACGGAGAGGACGAUCAUCUGCUCAGAGGGCAGCAAAUCAAACCAGAACCGAUAAUGAAAAAGAGCAAACGUCCAAUAAAGAGUGUGAUGAUGAUGGUGAUGAUGAUGAGGAUGAUGAAGAGAGAUCUGGAGUGAGCCGGACUCCACGCAGAGGAAGAUCCUCCAAAGCAUCUGAUGCUCCUCAGAGAGAAACACGCUCUGCUUUACAACCGAAGGAGGCGGAGCCAGCUGUGGAGGAGGAGCCAAAAGAGGGUCGCAGGAGUCGACGCUCCACAGCUCAGAUCAGAGACGCUCCCUCAGUGAAACCUGCACUGAAGCGUAAGAGAUCAUCAGACGAGCUUCUGUGUUCCACAGCAGAACCAGAACCAGAACCAUCAGCCAAACACAGGAGAGAUGAAGCGAGUGUGUGUGAAGAUCAGGACGUGAUCAAAGCCAGCGAUGAAGACGAGGAGAGAAAAGAUGAGGAAGAUAGGAAACCUGCCCGCCGAGGACGACCCUGCAAAGCGUCCUCCACUGAUGACUCGGAUACAGGAGCGUCAGAGAAACGAGACGGAGAAAAGGAGGAGGACGAAGAGGAGACGAAAACACGAGCGACGACCCGAGCAGCGUCCCGUCUGGAGGCAGAGAAGAAUAAACCCAGCAAGCCGUCGACUCGAGCUGUGAGUAAACUCAGCGGGAAAGAGGAGCACUCCCCGAACACACGGCCGGUGAGAGGACGCAAGCGUGACUCCAGUCCUUCGCUCUCUCGCACACGAGGACAGAAACCUGAAGAUCCGCCGGCAAAGAGAACCAAGCGAUGAACCGAACACUGCUUCUGAUCGCCUCAUGUUCAUGCUUGUUAGUAGUUUUAAGGUCAGAGAGAGUGUGUGUGUGUGUGUGUGCGCGUGAGUGUGUGUCAUAUUUCUGUCACCAUAAAGAUGCUCAUUCUGUGAAUGUCAUUAUUGUUCCAUUUUAUAUUUUUACCUUUUUAUGAUAAAUUCCAGUAUUGAUCCGA